AGCGGCGAGCUUGAGGCGAGGAGGGCUGCGGGGUGCCAACUCUCACGGGUAGGUGCCAGGCGCUCUUUGGCACUGGCUGUACCUGGCGCGGGGAGGGAUCAGCUGUGGCACUGUUGAAGGAACCCAAGGAGACCCGGGAGAGGACCGCAGGAACCCUAGGAAGGAAGCGAGGGACACGAGAGAGGAAGGGGGUCUUUACGGGUCCUCCUCUGUCGUGCUCUCCUGUACAUCCCGACAUAUUGGGUUGCACCACCAUCACCACCACCACCACCACCACCACCACGCUAUUUCGGCAUCACCGGCGCCUCUACCCAGAAUAUCCCCGGGGAGGAAAGCCGCUGUUACCUCCACUUCUUCUCUCCUCCUCCUCCUCCUCCUCUUCCUCCUCCUCCUCCUCCUCCUUCAUCAUCAUCAGUAGUCUCUAGUGCAGUGAUGUGUGCGUGUGUACGUGCGUGUGUGUGCGUACUGAACCGAUCGUCAGAGUACACACGCAUACACACACACGCCUCCUAGUGCCCACGGUGCCAAAGCGAGUGCCUGUACGUAGCUUGGUGCCCCACAGUCUCUUGCAGGAGUGCCACGGUAUGGUGAACAGUGAACAGUGCCUUGUGCCGCGUGCCUUUACCCUUGUGUGACGAGGUGCCAUUGCUGCUGCUACUGCUGCUAAUGCGACUGCUUCUACUGCGACUAUUAGCCCAGAAAACAAAGCUCCAGCAAUUGAUCUGUUACUACUGUCGCUGCUUUUAAUGAGAGAGGGGGAGGCCAUUGCAAAGUACUAUAGCUCCUAUUACUACUAGUACUGGUGCUGCUGCUGCUACUGCUACUGCUACUGCUGCUGCUACUGCUGUUUCUGCUGGUGCUCCUGCUUCCUUAAGUCCAGAAAACACGGCUUUUGUAAAGUUACUAUUGUCACUCCUACUUCUGCUGCUCCUACAACUGUUUCUACCUCUGCUACUGCUUCUGCUCUUGUCCUCGCUGCCGUCUGCUGACAAGAAUAUAGCUGUUAUCACUCCUACUACUACUACUACCACUACUACUACAACUACUACUACUGCUGCUACGACUGUAUUGAGACACCAUCCACCACUAUUUUUAAGAGCGAGAAAUCAAGCUUAUCUACCACCACUACCACCACCACCACCACUGCCACCGCCGCCAGCACGUAAAACUAUAGAAAGGAGAAGCGACAAGCCAGUGAAGUGAGGAAGGGAGAGAAAAAGAAAGACACGGAGAGAAAGAGAGUGAGUGAAACAGAGUGAGUGAGAGAGAGAGAGCAAGAGAGAGAUAUAUAUAGUUAAUUUUUUUCUCUGAAUCGCAGUUAACUCGCCUGAAAAAUAAGGAGAGGAAGAAAUGAACAAGGUACGAUAGUUGAGAUAAAGGUACGAUAUCAAGAUUCAUGAUAACAAGAUCGUUUGAAAAUUAGACAGAUAAAAAGUAACUUACUGUAUAAAGGAAUAGUGUUUUAAAUAAGUUAACGUUACAAAUAUCAAGAAGUCGACGUUUGAAGAUAGGAAAAUACUGAAAGGCCAAAAUAUCAUCACAGGAAGUCAGGAAAUAGAGAAACAAAUGACUGUCUGGAUGUCUUAAGAAAACGAGGCUGAAAAUUUUAGAUUGUAAACUCGAAAAUAAUUGAGAUUUGAAAACUUUGGGGAAAAAAAAAAAAAGGAAAAUUAAGACUAAACUAGAGAGAGGAGAUUUUAAGAUUGUAAACACGAAAAAGAAAAAUUACUAACUCAAAGAAUCAUUCAAGACAGUAAACUCAAAGAAAUAAAGAUGAAAUUGUAAACUCUGAAAAAAGAAGAAAAAACUCAAGAUUAUUAACCUGAAAAAUGUUAAAAUUGUAACUCAAAAAGGAAAAAAAAAAAAAAAUUAUUCCUAUGCCACAACAAAUAUUAGAAACAUCUUUGAACAGCACCAGACAAAGCACAGCAAGAUUUUGUGGUGUUAGCGUCACAGCAACACAGCAGAGUAUAGUGUUUGGUGUUAGCGGCCCAGCAAAACACCGCAGAACAUUGAAAACACCACAGCCAGUCAUUUAAACAGCACGCAAACGAUUUUCAGCACUGCAUCAUUUCACAGCUACCGCACAGCAAAAUACUGUGGUGUUUGCCGCUCAGGGACACAGCGAAGUAGUGUUAGCGAUCGCCAGCAAGUCCAGUGAACAGCACGCCGGCGAUCCACAGCAGUGCAUUACGGUUCACAGCUACAACACAGCAUCACAAGACCAGCAACACAGCAUCUAGUCAAUUUCUAGUCCAGGAACCUUGAAACCACAGCAAACGCGGGGAGAAAGCGUUGAAAUCUUCCACAGCGUCACAGCAUCUAGUCAGUCUCUUGUCCAGAAACUCUGAAAAAAUAGAAAGGGAAGAGAGAGACGCGGAAGCCUUUCACCGCAGCAUCACAGCAUCACAGCGUCACAGCGUCACAGCGUCUAGUCAUUCUGGUCCAGGAAACUUACGACCACAGCAAACGCGGUGACAAAAACACUUGAGACUCCCACAGCGGCGCCACCACAGCAUAACCACAGCUUCACCGCAGCUUCUAGUGGCAAUAAAUGGUCAACAUGGAUGGUGAAGCACUUAAACCCGAAGCUUUCCUCACCACAGCAACCACAGCACCUCUUGUCACAGCACGCAGCCCCCCUUCCUACCCCAAAGUGGCUGAAGCAACGGAUGAAUUCCACCCGUUCAUUGAGGCUCUUUUGCCGCAUGUCAAGUCCUUUGCCUACACGUGGUUCAACCUUCAGGCGGCCAAGAGGAAGUAUUUCAAGAAACACGAGAAGAGGAUGUCGCUGGAGGAGGAACGGAGAUGCAAGGAUGAGCUGCAGAGCGAGAAGAAUGAAGUCAAGCAGAAGUGGGCCUCCCGCCUUCUGGGGAAGCUGCGAAAGGACAUCACGCAGGAAUACCGAGAGGAUUUUGUCUUGUCUAUCACCGGGAAGAAGCCAGCGAUGUGUGUGCUCUCCAACCCAGACCAGAAGGGGAAGAUGAGGCGCAUAGACUGUUUAAGGCAGGCUGAUAAGGUGUGGCGGCUGGACCUGGUGAUGGUGAUUCUGUUCAAGAGCAUCCCACUGGAGUCCACAGAUGGUGAACGGCUGGAGAAGAGCCCCGACUGCCUGCACCCCGCCCUUUGCGUCAAUCCUUACCACAUCAAUGUUUCCGUCCGAGAGUUAGAUCUGUAUCUAUCAAAUUUUAUCACCAUGAACGAAAGUUUGGCUGGCAUUGUUCUGGAGAGUGAUAAGGACGACGAGAGAAUGAAAAGUCACCCGGUACACAGCGUGGCGUACAACGGUAUUAACGGUAUAAUAUAUAAUAGUACCAUCCUCGCUACGGGCUGUUUCUCUGCGCGGGAGCUGUGGCGCCUCUCCAAAACCUCCAUAAUGGCCGUAGGUAGCAGUGGUAGCGGGCUGAACACUAUCAAGAUGGAGAAUCCGACCUAUUACACCACCUACACCUCGCCUGUACCUGACCACACCCUCAUGCCAGCUGCCUACACCACGUACAUGGAGCGCGCUGACAGUCCCCUCGCCAUGGGCCGGCCACACGACCCUCACUCGCCCCUGGAGGCCGCGCAGCAAAAGAGUCCGCAGGGUGAGCUCGGAGGAGGACCCCCUGGAGAAGGGUGGCCCCUCACACUGCCCCAACCAACGCUGCCCGCCGCCGCUGCUGCCUCCACCACCUUCCUCCACCCCCACACCCCCCCUCACCACACCACCUCGCAACACACUCUGGGUCCCCCCCCGGUGCACUCCCCCCACCUGGUCCACAGCAGCAGUAAAGUAACAAUUGCCGCCUCAGGUGUGCUCCCGUCCGUAGUUAGGACGUCUUCCAACAUAGACUCCCUUUCUAGUCAUGACCAACCACAACAACACACUCGUGCAGUUGUCUCACCACACCCAAGAGAAGUGCUGCCGCCCAUGUCCCUCAGCAGCUCGGUGAUGGCAGGCGCCCCCAGCUACUACCAUGAGGCCGGGCCCCCCUCACCCACCAAAUACCAUGAGAACGGCCAUGAUACCUUCUCAGAUUUUGUCACGUUGGUCUGUCAGGAGGCGCAGAACACACAGCACACCCAGCAGGCCUCUCCCCCCGGCGUGGCCCGCAGCCCUACCAAGGUUCAGGGCAGUUACUACACCACUGGCUCCAUGCUGCCGCCGCCUCCGCCGCCGCCCAUGGCCCGACCUGUGGCCAUCAUCCGGUCCACAGCUGACCUGGCCCACAGUGGCAGUGUGUCCCCCGGCCCUGUGUCUCCGCCCAAUUCCUCCGCCGCCGGUGGAGCUGCCAUCCUGCCUGACGUGUCUCCACCUGAUCGACGAGAGGAGUGUCUCAGCCCCACGCCGCCCUCCACCUCUGCUCCACCCGUCUCCCAGUUGUUCACCUACUCCAGCAUGAGUCCGGUGAGUGCCAUGUCAGGCGUGAUCUCCCCGACCAGCAUGAGUCUGUUCACGUCCCCGGGCAGCACGCCGCGCACCACGCCGCGCUCCACGCCGCCCGCCGUGCCGCGCUGGAACACACCCUUCAUCAGCCUGGACGAGAACAUGGACUACACCACCAUGUCCACCCUCAUGCCCACCCUGCCCGCCGACGCUGCCUCCGCACAGCUCAUUGAGGAUGAGCGUUACUUCACCACGGUGGUGCACACCGGGGAGGCAGCGGGGGGUGGGGGACCCCAGGUGGCCCCAGCGACGGCCGCUGGGCAUCAGGACCACCUGGACGAUUCCCCCGGGGCGCCCCACACCCCCACCAAGACCCAGUCGUCCUAACAAUGCCGCCGCCAGCUGGUCUUGGUCUCGGCCUGUGAUGCGCCACCGCCACUGCCCAGGCCAGGCCACCCCAGGGGGUGGCGCAGCCCUGGCCCAAACCAAGGAGACCCCCAUGAGGGACAGAAGGCCAGGCUGUCCCUGGGAUGCAGUGCAGACCCAGGCCAUGGUCUGGGUGGUCCCCAGGCCUGCCUGGAGGCUGUGCUGUGCCGUCAGCCUGGCCCUGGGGUGGCCUGGGGAGCAGGGUGGCCCGGACUGGUGGCUGCCGCGCCGCCGCUGUCGUCCUCGUCGCGAUCAUCGUCGUCAUCAACAAGUGCAAACCACAGCGGCAGCAGAGGAGGAGCCGCACCAGUGCCAAAUUCUCCCGGCCGGGACGCUCCAGAUACUUAAGGCCGCAGGUGGCUGAGGGCUGGCCCGCCGCCGCCGCUGCCACCGCCGCCAGGCCAUGCAUGGUAGUAGGUCUUCAUGUAGCAGCGUAGUGCAGUGAACACGGCCGCGCCGCGCCGCGGGGACGAUGGCCACCAAGUUCAAUGAAUCACAGUGCCAGCAGCAGCAGCAGCAGCAGCAGCAGCAGCAGCAGCCAUGAUGCAGCAAGACGCAAUAAGUAAGGUGUAAGUGCUUCAUAGCUUUUGCAGAGUGAGUAGAGUUCCCGUAAUGGUUGUGCAAUUUUUAGUCUCUUACGAACACAAGGAGGAAGGAGAUGAAGGCGAAGGAGAGAGAGAAUGUGUGUGUGUGUGUGUGUGUGUGUGUGUGUGUGUGUGUGUGUGUGUGUGUGUGUGUGUGUGUGUGUGUGUGCUGUAGCCUCCACUAGGUGCUGAGGGAGCCACGGUGCUGUGGUGGUGGUGGAGGCAGUGGUGGUGGUGAUGGUGGUGGUGGUGGUGGAGGCAGAGGGACAGCUGUGCUCAGGACUACAAUACUUGUGAGUACAAAAUCGUUCAUUACUUCUAAAGGAAUCCGUGAAGAGAAGGCUCUCGCUAAUCUUGGGUUUGGUGAACAAACAAACGCAUCUCGGUGAACAUUUCUUAUUAUUGUUGUGUACACUCCCUCAUUCGACCUGUAAUUCUCAGUUUGUUCGUUUGUUUGUUUCCUCGUUCGUUUGUUUGUCGUGUGAAGUAUAACGCCGUGUUGUUGUUGUUGUUGUUGUGUGUUUUUUUUUUGUGUUUUUUUUCUAUUAGAGAGUUCUUGUUAUUUAUGACGGUUUAUUAGAGUUUGUUGCCACAUUAUGUACAGGUCUGGCGGCAUUACAGACUCACACUCGCUCCUCGCACUCGGAUGGAGAAAACUGUUUUUUUUUCUGGCGAGUAAAACUCCUUGAUUCACUCUUUUACUCACCACUUGUCAUACGCAUCUUAACCUGAUUGUCAAACCUUGAUUUUUCAUUUUUCUGAUGAGUUAAUUACUAUUUUUCAUAAUUAUAGAUGCCACUACUGUCGCACUAGCCCUAACCUAACUUAGCACCCUUGUACAACCUUCCUUAAACUGAAUUCCUUUAUGAAACCUCAAUUUUGUUAUCUGUUAUCAACCCCCAUCAUUAUUUACCACAUGAGCACCACACUCAUUCUAACCUAACUCCUUACACAACCUCCUCCUUUUUCUUCUUCUUUGGACUUGUUAUGCUUCCAGUCACCUCACCACCACAGCAGUGAAGGAGUUAACCAGAAAAGUGCACCCGUUUCUAUCUAAGAGUGAUUUGAGUGUGAUUCUGUGAUGAAACCGACAUUUUUCCCUCCCUUUCAUGAUAUUUUUAGCCGAGCUCCGAGACCAUGGAGUGUUGGCGAGGAGCAGAACCGACUAACACAGCAUUGCCUCCUUGGUUCGUGGUUCUCGCCCCAAUGGAAUGUUUCUCCCUGCCUCUCUGCCCUGUCUGUCCAUCUGUCUCUGAGUGUUGCAGCUUUCAUACCCUCACUAGGACUCCUUGGCCCUACCCUGCCCUACCCUGCUCCACUCUGCUGCCUCGGUCCUUACCUUCCCUGUCAGUUUGUUCUCUCAGCCUACUCAUCUCUCACUGAUGGCAUUCUCACCUCUCACGGCUCUCUCACAAGGCACUCCUGACCUCUCACUCAGAAAAGCAUCUUGUGUUUUGUAAAGCACACACAUGCACACACACACACACACACACACAAAGGAAUAAGAAAGAGAGGAAUGCUGGAAGUUACUGGAUGUUACAUAGGGUCACAGGUGACAAGAGGCCUGUGGGAAGACUCAGGAAGACUUGGAGAUGGUGUGUGGAAGAAGACAUUAUAUUGAAGAUGGUGUAUGGAGGACAAGAGAAAACUGAUGAAGACCUUGGGAUGGUGUGUGGAGAAAGGCAUGAGACUGAAGAAGACCUGGAGGUGGUGUGUGGAAGAGGACCUGGAAGACAGUGUGUAGAGGAAGACAUGAGAAGGGUGACCAUCAGGGAACAGACCAUGUACCACUGCAAAAACAGACAGAAACUUGCAAACCAUCAAAUCCUGGACGAAAGACAAAAAACGAAGCAAAAAGAUAAUAAUGAACACACCUCUACAUCCCCUCAUAUGUGCCAAAUUAAGAGAGAACACCUAAGACGAGAGACACCUCAAGGAACUAGAAAAGGUGCUGGGAGAAAGAGGAGGCCGUGAGAGAGAGAGAUCUUGCAGAGAGGUGAUGAGUGCUUACCAGUGCUGAGAGAGAGAGAGAGAGAGUGUGGGGAACCUGGCAUUAACCUGAGAAGGCUGAGUAUAAGCGAAACGUGCCAAACUUUAAGGACAGAAACCCCCAAAUUACCCAGAAUCCAUCUUUAACUUGCUCUCAUCGACGAAAUAAUCUAUGCCUUUUUUUAGAUGUUAUGAUAAAGCAUUAUAUACAAACCAAAAACAAACACAGCAAUACGGUAGAAUUUAACUGGCGCGCAUUUGUCUGUGUGUGUUGAUGACUAAAGCGCGCCGUGUAUAUGUGUAUGUAUACUUAGCAAUAACACAGCCACAGCUACAAUUAUUGGUGCCAUGAUUAGGUGGAGGUGGUGGUGGUGGUAGUGGUGGUGGAGGGAGGGCCGUCCAGGGUGUGUCUGGGUGUCAGUGUAGGUGCUGAGAAGAGCUCAAAUCUAUGUGCCAAAUGAGACAGAAGUGUAUUGUUUGUGGGUGUAGGAGUGGUAGGGCUGGAUGCAGGGGGUGUAGGAGUGUUGGCAGGCGUAGGACAGGUGUGUGGUGUGGUAAUAUGGUCUGGUAUGUGUUAGGGGAGAGGACACACAUACACACACGUACAUGCACAAACACAACAUAGUCAUUUGAUAUUAAAAGACAUGACAAGCCUAACAUUCUUGUACACACACACACACACACACACACACACACACACACACACACAGACAGAGCACCACAAACAAACACCACAGGGGGAGCAGCAGCAGCACACAGGCGCCUCAGCCCAGUGUGAGGUGCGAGGAUGUGCAAGCCUGAGACGAGCGAAACUAAACACAAACACUCAGACAAACACAUGAAGAACGCAAGGCAGACGCACCCACCCACGCGCACCCUGAGGGACGUGUGGUGUGCGCCGGCCUGUGUGGUACGAAACCCAGCCCGGGGAAGGCCGCCUGCACUAGACUUUAGAUGUACGCAUGCUGUGAUACAUCAGGUAAAUUAUAUAAACCAUAGUAGAUGGUGAACGUAGCGACUCUAGACUGGUAGUAGCGACAUUGUAACGCGUAGACAGAUAGGCUCAUUUCUACUACCAAGACCAUUGUAUAGUAGACUUAGAGGGUUUUAGCAUCUGAGGCUGAGGGGGCUUCCCUAGUGAGCGGCACGGCUGGGCGGCGCUGGCUGGGGCUGGCUCGGUUCUGCCUGGGGACGAGGGGCGCUGCAUCGGGGGUGAUACUCAAUUGUGUGGCUGGUGGUGUGGAUGACCUGACCUUAACUACUCAUUUGUGACCUUGCCCGGCUCUCACUGGGUCAUCUUAUGAUAAAGGCACGUGUGACCUUGGUUUUAGCGUGUACAUGAGUUUGAUAUACUUUGAUGUGUACGUGUGAGUCUGGUACCCGAUGAAAGUGCACAUAGAUAUUUCCAGUUAACGCGCACAUGACUGGUUUUGAUGUGUACAUGAAAAACUCGUGUAUUUUUUUAUUUUUUAUUUUUAUUUUUUGUGUUAAUGCGCGUAUAAUUUUAGUUUUAACGCAUAUAUGUGUGUGAUAUUAGGUGAAAACACACCUACUUAGUUCUUUUCUUUAAUGAAUGCACACAUUACUGGUUUCAACGCGUACAUGAGUCUGAUAUUAGCUGAAAAACGCACAUUUUACUUUAAAGCUUAUUAUUUAAAGCUUUUACUUCUGUAUUGAUUAACGUAAGUGUGGAUGCGUGGCUCUGAUUCUGUACAUUUUAAUUAUCUAUCUUUAUCUGUUUUGUUUGUUGCUUUUUGCUUUGGAGAGCGAGGGAAAAAUGUUUUCAAGCCAAGACGUCAGGCCCAAGUAACCUGGACUGAGAAGCGAUAGGGUUCUGCAUCUAUAAAACGUAUUAUUUUAGCUCUUAGGAAAACUAUUGUGUGCCAAGUAAUAUAAAAGUUUGCUGAGGAUAUAAUUAUGAAAAAGGAAAAGGUAGGAGUCAUGACUUAUCAAAAAACUACAUUUCAGCUAGUAACAAAACUAAUGUGCCAAAUAAUGUAGAGGUUUGUUGAGAAUAUAAAAGAAAAAAAAAGAAAAUAAAAUGAAAUAGGAAAAAGAAUAAAAUGAAAAGAAAAAAAUAGGAAUGAGCAGGACUUAUGAAAAGAUUAUACUACAGCUUGUAACAAAACUACAUGGCAAAGUAUAGAGAGAGAAAAGAUUACGUCGAAUGUAAUUAUAAAAAAAAAAAAAAAAAAGAUUCGGAACUUGUCAGAAACUGUACUUCAGCUCCUAACAAAACUAUGACGUCCAAAAAUAUAUAGAGAGAGAUAAAAGUUCACUGAGAAUAUGAUCAUGAACAAGGAAAAUAAAAGAGAAAAAUGCAGAAUCUAUGGAAACGUACAAUUCUUAACUUAAUGAUGCUAUAAUGUGCCAAAUAGUGUAGAUGCGCAGAAGUCACCAAGAAUAAAAGAAAAAAAUAAUAGUAAUGAUAAUAGAAAUCAGGAUCCAUUUAAAACUAUUAUUCUAAACCGAAAAAGAACUUACAAUGUGCCAAAGAUAGUAAAGAUAAUUACUUCAAAUAUAAUUGUGGAUAAGAAAAACUUAUAAUUUUAAUCCAAAGGAAGACUUAGUGCCAGUGAAACAAUGAUGUGCCAAAAUAUAUCUAUGCAAACAUUAACUCGAAAUAUAAUAGUAAAAAAAUUGAUAAUAAUAAUAAUAAUAAUAAUAAACUUUGCUCCAUACAAAGUUAUUUAGUGCCAAAAAAAGACAAAUGAAAAUAGAAAUUCAACCCAAAAUAGACACAUGACAGAACCACUAAUAUAUAAAAAAGAUGAAACACAAAAUAAAAUAGUAAAACAUAACAAGAAUAUAUUUUUUUUCUGACAAAUCUGAAAUGUGGAAUGCUGUGUGUGUGUGUGUGUGUGUGUGUGUGUGUGUGUCCAGAUAGUUCCUACAGAAGGUGCAGAGGGGGUGGGUUGAUGGGGAGGGGGGGUAGAGGUUGGGGGGGUGUUCAGUGGUGCUUCAGAUAUUAUUGUGGUAAUUAAUUCAUUGUAAAUCUCUGGCCUUAGAGAGAGAGAGAGGCUAGAACAGGUAUUUUCGUCUUAAAGAGAUAAUUCUUGUCUAUAUUAAAUUUAUAUAUUUCAAUUUUUAUUUAUAUUCUGAUUUUUUUUCGAGGUCACAAGAUUCGGGAAAAAAAAGUGUGUGUGUGUGUGUGUGUGUGUGUGUGUGUUCACCUGUUCGUGUUAAUUAGACUGUGCACAAAGUGACAAUAAUAAUUAAGACCUUGAGAGUGUAUAAUAAUGAUAACAAUAAUACUAGUAAUGGUACAAUAAUACGCCGCUCAGCAUUCAAGUAUUACCCUUACUGUACCUGUGCUUAGGGCUCACCUUCAUGCCCCUCCUUGUGGUGCUUGCACAGGUGACGCGCGCACGCACACACUGGGUCAUGCUUCUGUAUCUCGCGUGUGUGUGUGUGUGUGUGUGUGUGUGUGUGUGUGUGUGUGUGUGUGUGUGCUGCUCCCCGUUGCGCAGCGUCCCGCGGCUCCUUGCAGCCGUCACAGCAGCGCCACAGCGGCACCAUAGCGGCACAGCGCCACAGGUCCACGCGCCGCUAUGCAAAGUCUCAAAGGUUCUAUUUAGCCACAGCAGAGAGCCCCCUCCCCAACCCUCCAGAUGGGGGCGGCGGGCCCUGCUGCAGCUGCCGUCCGCCACACGCGCAGGCCGCCGUGCUGCUGUGCCGCUGCGGCGCCGCCGCCGCGUCGCCGCCGUGCCGCCGCUCGUCUUCCUUGCAAUAAGAGGAGUAUUAACAGUUAGGAGCCUGAAGCAAUACUUGGUUUGUCUGUUGUUUGUCUCACCCGCGCUUGUCCCACACAGACCUUCAUUACGUUGUUGUUGCUAUUGGUACUCGUGUUAUUAUUAUUAUUAUCAUUAUUAUUAUUAUUAUUAUUAUUAUUAUUAUUAUUAUUAUUAUUAUUAUUUUUAUUACUUUUAUCAUGUCCCAUGUGGUUGGUUGGCUGGCACCGCUGCUGGCCGCCGCUUUGUAAAUACUGAACAGCAGCGCGCCCAUCACGCCAUUAUUGUUAUUAUUAUUAUUAUUAUUAUUAUUAUUAUUAUUAUUAUUAUUAUUAUUAUUAUUAUUACUGUUAUAAUUAUUAUUAUUAUUAUUAUUAUUAUUAUUAUUAUCACAAUUAGCAUUGUUGUUCUCGUCAGUGUUCGUUUGGUUGAGUCGCCGCGCGAUGUGGUGUGUGGGUGUUUGUGCUGGGGAGGCGGCGAGGGGCGCGGGGGGCGUUGGUGCCCAGCUUGGGGGGGAGGGCGUUGGUCUUCUCACACUUAAGUAUUUAUUCCCCGCUGGGAGCGCCGCCCCCGCCCCCGCCGCCGCCGCCACGAAGGUGUAACAGCGUGGCGCGCCCCAGGUGUAGGCCAGGAGUUGGUCAGGUGUAGACCAGGUGUGGUGUGGUGAGGUGUUGUGGGCCUGUGUUGCGGCGCGGCCCAGCGGGUGUUGCGUUGCGUUGUGUUGCGUUGCGUUGCGUUGUGUUGCGUCGCGUCACUGAGACACUGAGUUGUCCCUCACGUGGCAAACUGCAUUAUAUUAAUAAUUAUUACAAUAAUACUAUUAAUACCUGUAAUUGUUAAGGCGGUGGUGAUGGUGAUGAUGAUGAUGAUAGUGAACGUGCAAGUCAUUUGUUAAGUGCUGUGUCCAGUUUUGAUAGACGAUUAUUAUUAUUAUUAUUAUUAUUAUCGUAAUGACUACAAGCUGUUGGGUUGAGUUACUAUGCACUACACUGCAAUACUUGGUGACUACUGCGUGAGUCUGUCCCGCGAGAGUGAAGUACGUUGUAAGUAAGUUAUGGUGUUGCACAGUUUGUAAAGAGUAUCCUAAUUGUAAUAAUAAUUAUAAUAAUACUAUUAAUAAUAAUAAUGUUAAUGAUACUAUUAAUAAUAAUGAUAAUAUUAAUGAUAACAAUAAUCUAACAGGCCGGUUUAUUAAGGUGUAGGUGAAGGAGUGUAGUAGUGUAGCCAGUGUGUCCAAGCAGCAGCCGCCGCCGCCGCCGCCGCCGCCGCCGCCGCCGCAGCCGCAGCCGCCUCCUGCGCCGUUCGCGCCGCCCGCGCCGCCCAAACCUCUUCUUUUGUAACAGAUCUUCCUUUGUACGACUCGAUGUGUCUUCCUGAAGCAGGGCGUCACGCGGCGCCCCCGCCUGCUGCUGGCGCCCUCCACGCGUGCCCCCAGCCCAUGGGCGCGACCCACCCCACACGCGUGCCCUCCCUUGACCUCCGUGACCCCGCGGCCAAAAUGUUGAAUCAAAAGGGAGUCUUCAAGGUCAAGGCUGUCUGUGUGACCCAUAGGGCGGUGCCCCCGCGGCAGUGUUGCUGCGAGGGCCGCGGGGAUGAGAAGGUUGCCCAGGGCCUCCUCAGAGUCCAUUACGGAGGUCCUUGUGGUUCUGCAGCAGCAGCAGUAACAGCAGCAGCAGCGUAGCAGCAGCCUGAAGAGGCAGAGCGGCGGCGCUGAGUGGCGUGGCGGCGCGGCGGCGUGGCGGCGUGGCAGCAGCAGCAGCAGCAGCAGCAGCAGCAGCAGCAGCAGCAGCAGAGUGUACUCCCUCCAGUCAGAACACAGCAGCAGGAACUUGGUGCUAAACGUCCCACACACAAACAAACAAACAAAUAAAGCCUCCUUGUUGACGCGGAAGGUGCAGUGAGUUGUCUGUCUGUCUGUCUGUCUGUCCCUGCAAAGCUUCUCUAUUUUGGCAAACAAACGUUAUUUGGAUACGCGGCAGUAUUGUUCCGCUGUACCGCACACGGGGACGUAGCGUGGCGCGGCAGUACUGUGCCGCACACACGGGGAUACGACGCAGAGCCGCGCGGCAAACACUCAGGCUGUGCGCCGCAGCAACACAGUGCGGCAGCGGCGUCUCCUGUCGUGCCGCUGCUCCCCGCGCCGUGACGCCAGGCCGCCGCGGGGCUGCCCUCACGCGGGAGCCACCCGACGCCUGCAGCCUCCCCGCGUGGCGCUGAGGGAGGCGCGGUCUCGACGACACAGGAGACGGUGACCCACACACACACACACACACACACACACACACACACACACACACACACACACACACUGAACUACGUGGCUUGAGUGUGUGAGUGUGCGUGUGAGUGCGUGCGUGAGGUGACAGCGCUCAUAACUCCUUUAGUACCCCGUGAAAACCUAAUUACGCCCACUGAGUGUACCUCGGUCUGUACACACACUCCUAUGCUUGUCGCGUCACCCUGGCGCUGUAGUCACCAGUACAGCAGUGACGCCAGUGGUCAAAGUAUACAAAGCGCUGAAUAUUAGAAAAAAAAAAUAUUUACAAAAACUCAGGCAGACAAACGUACUGUAAUAAUCUAAACUAUGUAUUUCCGUGCAGUAUAUUUCAUGUAUACUUUGAUAAGCCUGGAGAAGAGUGUAGCUGUGUGUGUACUGUGCGAACCUCAACUGUAUUGAUUAUUGUAUUACUGUCUAUACAACGAAGUGAAAUGAGAGGUUCAGAAUACAGUAGUUUGCUGAAAGUUGAGGUUUGUGUGUGUGUGUGUGUGUGUUUGUGUGUGUGUGUGUUGGGCAGGGUGUAUGCAGGUAUACAUAGGAGCGUGUGUACAGACAGAGGGUAUACUCGUACACACACAACCUUUCCCUCCGCCGUGUGGGGAGGCUGGCCGAGAGACAGACAGGUCGCGGCGCAGUGAGGGCGUGUGCUUCGCCCGUACCUACGUAAAUGGUUUGUCUGUUAUACUCUAUGCAAGUUUACAUUUUUUCUUCCUCCCUGUCACAUCAUCCUCAGUCCAAGCAAUAUUCAUAUGUUAAUACACACACAUAUAUAUAGAGACAUGUAUAUGUAUUACACCUACUACUACUACUACUACUGUUACUACUACUACUAGAAAGUGCCUCAAAAUAUAUGCAAAAAAAAAACAAAAAUAAACCCCCCAUUUAAAAAAAAUAUUACAUACAUGCAUACAUAAAUAAGAGUUGAAUACAUAAAUAUACAUUAACUUCCAGAUGAUGUUUAUAAAAAUAACGAAAGAGAAAAAAACGAAUGUUGGUUUUUAAAAAAUUUUCUCUAAAAAUGUAUAUGUUUUCUUGACUAUAGAAAUGUUGAACUUGAAAAAAAAAUUAAGAAAAAAAAGAAAAAAAAACCGGCUCUUGUGGUUCUCGCUGUCUCUCAAGAGCCAUAGAGUGUCGAACCGCAAGUCACAGGCAUCAGUGUAACACAAACCUUCAGAGGAGACAUGAGUGUAGCGUGUGAGGCAGGCGAGGAUGUGCAAGACAAGUCCAUUCUGCAGCCCCUGGUCGUCGUGAAAGCUUUAACAAGAGGUAGAUUCUGUAAAAUGAGUAAUGAAAUAUAGUGACAAAGGAUUA